AUGGCUACCCCCUCCUCCACAGCCUCCGCGGCCGCCGCGACCAUCACCAAUUACCUCGAAGUGCGCUCGCCGUACGACUAUACGCCCAGUCUCGCCCCCGGCCUGGCCUUUAGUAUCGUCUUCGGAGUGAUCACUCUCGUCCACUGCGGUAUCGCCGUCCGGUACAGGAACUGGGUGGCCUUUGUGGCCUUGAUCCCUGGAGGUAUCCUCGAGAUUAUAGGUUGGGCGGGCAGGCUAUGGAGUCACUACAAGGUGCUCAACUCCAACCCCUUCAUCAUGCAGAUGUGCUGUCUAAUCCUCGGUCCAGCGUUCUUCUCAGCCUGGGCAUACACCGUCCUCGGGUACUGUAUCAUGACCCUCGGACCCGCAUACUCCCUACUUCGGCCCAAAGCAUACAUCGCCAUCUUCGUCACGGCCGACGCAGUCUGUCUCGUCCUCCAAGCUAUCGGUGGUGGUCUCGCCGCGGUCCGCGCCAAGUCCGGUAACAAUGUUCAGAUGCCCACCCGAAUCAUGCUCUCCGGUGUCCUCGUCCAGCUCGGCACAAUGACCAUCUUCUCCAUCCUCGCCGUGGACUUUAUCGCUCGCGUCAUCUCUCGGCGCCCAUAUGCCCGUCGCGUCCGGUCGCUCGACCGCCAAGGUCUCUGGUCCGGUGUCGAGACCGCCGAGGACGUCGCCCCCUCCACCCCUCCCCUUGCCGGCUCGGACGCGGAGAAGCACAUCCCCGCAUCGGUACACGGUCUCACUGCCGCGGACCGCGCGCGUCGUCUCCGGAAAGCCAAGCUGUUGCUUAUCGGUACAGCCUUUGCCUCGGCCAUGAUCUACGUCCGAGGCGUUUAUCGGUCGAUUGAAUUGGCGCAGGGAUGGUCGGGCUACCUGAUGACGCACGAGGUUUUCUUCACGUGGCUCGACGGCUUCCCAAUGUUGCUGUGCUAUGCGUCAUUUGCGGUAGCGCACCCAGGGUGGCUGAUUGAGAAGUAG